UUAGUGGUUACUGGCUAUUAUAUUUUGUAGACAUAUCAUCAGACUUAAGUGACUGUCGUAACGUUGGUUUGUGGAUCAUCUGAUUUUAAAAUGCCUCGUCAAUGUUCGGUGAUUUCGUGUUUGAGUAUUAAAAGCAAACAAGCUGUUCAGUUGUUUAAAGUUCGAGACUCAGAUUUUUAUGCUUGGAACGAAAUUAUUCGAAAAGUAAAUGGUAAUUUGAAUCGUAAAGUGGUUUAUGUCUGCGCUGAGCACUUUUCUAAUGAUGAUUUGAUAACUCAUUAUAAUGGACCUAAUGAUUUGGAAAAAGUUAAAAGACAUUUGGUUGGGUUAAGGAAGGGAGCUAUUCCAUCAAUAUUUGAUACAUCAAUUGAUAACACUGAAAACCAUAAUACUGUAACUCUUGAUUUACCAGACCGUCCAGACCCAUCCGGAAAAAGUACAUUAACUACUGAACCAUUUAGAAAACAGUUGUUUAUUGAACCUAUUGCUAAACGAAUAUGUCUUAAUUCACAGAUCCUAAUACAAGUUUGUUAA